AUGGCCACGAUUGCAAAUUCUACAUACCCUGAAAUCCCAGCUGACGUAGCGGCGAGGACAGGCCCGCGACUCCUGGGGUUUAUGUUCCACUGGGGUUUAUUCGGCGCCCUUUGCGUGCAAAUUUACAUAUAUCAUCUGGCAUUUCAAAAGGAUCCGAUACAAAAUAAAGCGCUGGUUUAUACGGUUUUUGUAAUUGAACUGGCGCAGACCGUCUUUUUCACUCAAUCUGCCUUUUACAUUUUCGCAUCCGGCUACGGAGAUUUUGCCGACUUCGAGCAAAUUAGAUUUACAUGGUUUUCUGCACCUCUUUUGACUGGAAUAGUUGCAUUUAUUGCCCAAUCUUUUUAUGCUUACAGAAUCCGGGUUCUCUCCAGGUCCUACAUUGUUGCUGGAAUCACUGCAUUUCUGGCUUUGGUUCAACUGGGAGGGGCAAUUUCCACAGCUGUAGUUCAGAAACAUACUGGACUGAUCACCCUGCUUUUGGGACACAACUACUCGAUUUCUGCAGGUAUAUGGAAUGGUACAAGCGCACUUUGCGACGUGAUCAUAGCGUCUUCCAUGACAUAUUAUUUGUCUAGACGCGGGACUGAGGCUAUGACGCCUACAAAAAUGAUUCUAAAGCGAAUAACAGCCUUGGUGAUUGAAACAGGGACAAUUACAGCAAUGGUCGCCAUUGUUAACCUUGUACUCUCGGUCCUCCCGUCAAAGCCAUCUUACUUCCUCGCCUCUUCGCUGACACUUGGAAAAGUUUAUUCCAACUCCAUGAUGGCCGUUCUCAAUGGCAGAAUGCGCGUGGAUGAACUGACGGAUGGUACCACACUGGCAUCACCUUCAGGAAAUGCUGGGACAAGCUCUGCAACGGCUGUGCGUUACCGUAAUGGCGUAGUAUCUCAUCCCGGAUUGGAAGAGGCCUACGAAAUGUCCAAGGCAGCAGAUGGUAUAAAGGUCACUCGUGAAGAGCUUGUGUUCCCCGACCCUGACAGAGCAAGCGAUACAAGGAAUGAAGAACUCGACCAUGGAGGUGCAAAAGGUUUCUUGGUUUGA